GGAAUACGUGUGCGCAAGUGUACACUCUGACGUUCGCACGUUACGUGCUGUUGCGGGACCGACUUUCAUCAUUCGCGCAGUCCGCAGUCGAAUAUAGAAACAGUGCGUGCGGUGAAUGUAGCUGACGAAAAAUUUACAUGCAAAUCGCGUGCGCUUCGUGCUUUUAUGAAUUCAAUCGUUGUGUUAUCUUCGUGCCCGCGUUUGCAUAGUAGGCUCCGCCUCAUCCAAACGAUUUCCGUCACCCGCUGAAGGACCGCUGAACGAUUGAGAGAACAAGUGCAAACCGACACGCGUGGCUCACAGGGAACGGAGCCAGCCAGUGGAGUUCCACUUCCGCCGAGAACCCGAGGCCAGCAUAGUUCGCCCGUCGGCAAGCCUUCCCGGACACACAAAUAGCAGCCUCAAAGAUGAGUUCAUACGGUGGCGUUAGCGAGCACGGGGCCAAUCAGCAGUCGACGCAAAGUAUAGCCGACUAUCUGGCGCAGCUUCUGAAGGACCGCAAACAGUUGGCCGCCUUCCCGAACGUGUUCCUGCACGUCGAGCGGCUGCUGGACGAAGAGAUCUCAAAAGUGCGCGCCUCACUGUUUCACAUCAACGGUGUCACGAAGGAGCCGCUCCAGCUGCCGGACGCGGAUGGCGAGGCGGUCACCCUCAACGAGAAGGUGUACGUGCCGGUGAAGGAACAUCCGGACUUCAACUUUGUCGGCCGCAUCCUGGGUCCGCGCGGUAUGACCGCCAAGCAGCUGGAGCAGGAAACGGGCUGCAAGAUCAUGGUGCGGGGGAAGGGCUCGAUGCGCGAUAAGAAAAAGGAAGACGCCAACCGGGGCAAACCCAACUGGGAGCACCUGUCGGACGAUCUGCACGUGCUGAUCACGGUCGAGGACACGGAAAAUCGGGCCUCGAUCAAGCUGAAGCGCGCGCUCGAGGAGGUCAAGAAGCUGCUCGUGCCACACGCCGAGGGCGAGGACGAGCUGAAGAAGCGGCAGCUGAUGGAGCUGGCCAUCAUAAACGGCACGUACCGGGAUUCGAGCGCGAAGGCGGCCGCGGCCGAGUUUAACUUCGACGCCCAGCAGUACGCCGACGAUCGGUGGAAGCAGGCGGUGGCCGCGGCCGCCGACUCGCGGAUGCUGAAUCCGGCCCUGGCGGCGGCCAACUUGGCGGCGGCCACCAACCAGCUGGCCGGCCGCACGGCGGGCAACCCGCUCGGUGCCCCGAUCAUCCUGUCGCCCCGCAUCUCGGUGCCGACGACGGCCGCGAGCCUGAUCGCCGGCUCCGGCCCACCGCCAACGAUCGACCACACGACGGGGCUGAUCUACGCGUCGCCCUUCUCCGAGUACAACUAUGCGCUGGCGGCCGCCGGGAACCCGCUGCUCGCCGAGUACGCGGAUCACAGCUCUCUUUCAAUGUUCCAGGUCCGGCAAUUCUGAACCGAAACGCGCCCUGGUACGCGCCCUUCUACCAUUCCGCACCGAUGCUGGCCCGCUGGAUACCUUGUGCCCCAGCAGCAGCAGCAGCAGCCACAGCCAGUGACCCACCAGCAGCCGGCCACGCAGCCCCAUUUCUACCAACCGCAGCAGUACCACAGCCCGGCCCAACCGUACAGUGUGCUGGUCCAGCACCACCAUUGUCCUACCACCUUCCAGUACCAGCAACUUUUGCACCAGCAGCGUCAACCCCAGCAUCUCCGGCACGUUCACCAGCUCCACCGGAACCGCUAGGGUCCGAAGGCGGUGCUGGUGCAGUUCAGCUGGUUCCGGUGGGACUGCACUGGGCUCGCUUUUACGGCUAACCGGCUCGACGGACGACCGGAAGAUACGCGAUCGUUACUUGCGCAAACAUCAUUACCACCACCACCACCACCACCACCAGCGAUACGUCUUCAACCAGCCCCCUAGCAUUCCGAGGAGCAACAGUCCGGAAACGAUCAACCGCGCUGUUCCACGUUUGGAGACAUUAGGCGUGCGUAUGACUUCCCCGAUGGCCGGCGACUGGUGGUUUUAGCCCUUUUUUUUUUCGUUGUUGCUUUGUUACGUGUUAUUUAUUCAUGCGUUACGGGAAUGUGUUUGCGUGUGAUAGGUGUGUUGUCACGUAUCGAUGGUCGCCAUCGCCAACCCGAGUACAGAUCCGGCGACCACCGUCCAGUUUCGUCUCUCUGGGAGUGUUCGAUAGUUUUUCGAUUUUAAACCACCCCGUGUUUGUGAAUACUCAUCCACCCAUUUCGAUGUGGAACGUCCGAGGACGUCGUAAGGUGAUCCGUAGUGCGCCAUCUCGUAUUGCAAUUUAAACAAAACUCUCCACCACAUACCGUUUGGGGAGCCACGUCCGGUGGUUGCCUUUUCACUGUUUUUCUUUAGUUCACACCUCAGCGAGCAAACGUUUUUUUCGUGGACCAGGAGCAUUGCAGAAUCGGUGACAUCACUUCCCAGCUGCUGUGUAGAUUGACACGAUCAUCCCAUCAGCUGGAGCCUGGAGUCUUCUCUGGACAAAACGCGCCCCAUCUAUGAUGUCACGCCAUACCAGUUUCCUCUCCAUGCUCACGCUCGUGCACCGGAUGUCCUUAGACAAUAAUUCUAAUCUUUAUGGUAAACCCUGGUAGUUAUCGUCGCACCUUUCGUUAACUUAAUCAAAUUGAUGUACAGACAUUCCAUACUCGACCGCUAUAAGGCCAGCCGGCCAGCGAGACAGUCGAGUCGAAGAAGCGAUGCACGAUGAAGUUAUGAUUAAGGAAAGAAAAUCCCCCCUCCCGCCGGCACACUUGUAGCGCUGUGACAAACGAGUGCCCGUUACGCUGGACAGAUUCCCUCUCGGUGCAGCGCAAAAACUCGGAGAAACGGAACACUGAAUGGUUGAAUGAAAUAUUGCCGUUUGGAUGCCGGUUGCUGGCUGCCCCCCUUCGAACACAACAAAGCUCGCAACGGCUUCAAAAGCUGAGGAGGAACCCGGUACGACAAGUUGACCAUUACGGGAAGGACCGCGCGGAAAGGCAGGGCUUCUGUUAAUGGGCUUAGCCAAAAAAAGCAGCGCAUGGGAAAGAGACCAGGAGAAAGUUGCUUUAUGUGCGGCAGAAGAUGCACCGUGCGGUGCAUCCGCACGGCGAGACCUAGUUUUGACCGGUGGACCAUGGUACGAGAGGCAGUAGUAAAUUUAACGAUAAGGUUAGCGAAUUGUGAGACAUGCUGGGUUGCGCGAGUGAAGCGCAAGCGUGAAUGAAUGUGAGACGCGAAUGCAAGAUGAAAUAAUUUUUGGGCCGCGAGCGUCACAAAUUGUACAGAGUGUGUGGUUCCCGCUUUCAACGCUGCCGGCCUCCGGUAUGCCGACAAAUGAAACCAAAAUUGAAAAGUUACCAGCUGCAUUCGUCGUCAAUUGGCCAUUGCAGGCAACCGUCGCCCCAAAGGUAGGAAUGUAUGCGCCCCCCGUUUAUGUUAUAUUGUGUCAUAUGUGUAGCAGAAAGAUGAUGUGUUGUAUGUUUUACCCAGUUUUGCGUUUCCGGUCCGGAUGGGCCUCCGCGCGACGUCGUAGGAUGUAAGCAUGUGGAAAACUAGUCUACCCCACUUUUAGACUCGUAAGCGAUAGUAUACAAACGAUGCCGAUCGCACCGCAGACGUUCAUCCCGAUCGAUAGUAGUAUGCUAAGGAAACGACCAAUCACGGAACCGGCGGCACGGCGUUAGCGGCGUGCCGCUGGCUAGUAGAAGACGUUUAGUAUUAUUCGAUGCUUAAGGUUGAACCACACAUAAUUUAUACCGACCACCUGUGAGCGAGUGGAAGGCAAUCUGCGAUAGCUUUUAAACUUUUAGUGAAACAAUCACGUCGUAGUUCGUAAGAAUUUGAUGUAACGUACUUCUACUCUGCCAUUUAUCUGUCUUCGCCUCCCGUCCGAUCUGCUCCCAUCGGAACGGGGAGGAACUCUCGAGAUGAUUUAGCACUGGAACGCGGUGUGUGGAGUUAGUUGAUCGUUUGCGCGCGCGUAAACUAGGGAGUAUAUUGUAAUUUAUGAAAAGAAGGUAUGCAUAGGAUAAGGGAUUGGCAGCCGUAACACAGGCCGUUGUGAGCGCUGCGGAGAGGAACCAUGAUAUGACAUUCAAGCCCAAGCGCGUUAGUGCCCCAGGCAAAAUAUGAUCAUUCAAAGUGUAGCCAUAUAAAAAGAUUCUUUUUUCGUUCGUUUACUUUCGUCAUGAUGAUUAUUGUUCGAAAUAAUAAAAAAAAAUGUAUAAACUACCGACACC